AUGUCGAACCCGUCUCUAGUUAGGAAUGUAGCACUUGUGGGGCACUUGCAGCACGAGAAAACAGUGUUCAUGGAUAUGUUGGUGAAGCAGACUCACCAUAUGUCUACUUUUGAUUCAAAUAACGAUAAGCACAUGAGGUACAUGAAUACAAGGACUGAUGAGCAAGAAAGGAGGAUAUCCAUUAAGAUAGUUCCUAUUUCCCUUGUACUCGAGGAUAGCAAGUGUAAAUCGUAUUUGUGCAACAUCAUGGAUAUGCCAGGUCAUGUCAAUUUCUUUGAUGAAAUGACUACAGCCCUUAAGCUUGCCGACGGUGUUGUCUUGAUUGUGGACACUGCGAAACAUGAAACAAACUUGAAGAAUAUGGUGUACCUUAGAGGAACAUUGCACAUCUCAAAGCUGGAAAAUGCAGUGAAUGCAGGGGAGGUCAACUUGAAAAGGAAAGAAAUGAUUCAGAAAGUGUUAUAUUCGACACAAGUUUUGUCGGGUUUAGAGUAUUUUCUGUCGAAAAAUUCAUUACCUGACAUUGGCAAUUCUGUCGCUUAUUAUAUCUGUCACUGCAUCCAUUUUCUGUUAGAUUUUGCUUAA